AUUGAUUGGUGAAAAUCCGGCAUUAUUUGGAAAGUGAAACUUUGUGAUUUGCUAGCAUAUUCAAUAAACAAUGGCUGCUUAUGCCCAAUAUAACGGCUGCGGUUAUCCGUCGGCAAAUCAAUAUCUCUCAGCUGGCGGUGCGCUCUCAACUCUACAUCCCAUAUCGCAAUCGCCCAUUGCUGCUACAACGCCCGCUCACCCGCCCGCCUCGAUCAGUCCACCAUCCAAUGGACACGACAGCAAUGUUAGUAGUACCGGUGGCAAUGAUCAUAAUAGCGGUACAUUAACACCAGAUCCAGCUUCGCAGCCCUCCAACCAUGACAGACCUUGUGCGGCCGGUAGUAGCGGCAGCGCUAGUGGUAGCAUCGACAGUGGUUCUCUUGAGCCGUAUGCCACAUGUCCAACGGCCGGUACAAUGGCGAGCAUACCACAACCGCAACAACACCCGCUCGCCUCUACUGCAAUUUGCUGUGAUAAUGGACGACCUGUAAUGACAGAUCCGAUGACGGGGCAAACGGUUUGUUCGUGUCAAUAUGAUCCAACCCGUUUGGCGUUAAGUAGUUAUGCGCGUAUGCAAUCGGCGGCAGCAGUGGCAGCAUCAGCAGCGGGCGCUCAAACGCCCACUGUGGGCGUAUACGGUACUCCAUAUCCUUCGAACGAACAGAACCCGUAUCCCAGUAUUAGUGUGGACAGUGGACCGUUUUACUCGAGUUUGAGUACGCCUUAUGCUUUGAAAGAUGGCAGCUGCAGCGGAAGUGAAGUCACAACGUGGACUUCGACGGGCUUGCCUCCUACGACCGGCUACUACACCUACGAUCCAACAUUCGGUGCGUAUAGUUAUGGCGCCAGUUAUGAUUUAGCAUCGCGGCGGAAGAAUGCAACGCGUGAGUCCACAGCGACGUUAAAGGCCUGGCUUAGCGAGCACAAGAAGAAUCCGUACCCAACCAAAGGCGAGAAGAUCAUGCUGGCCAUUAUCACCAAAAUGACGCUGACGCAGGUGUCCACGUGGUUUGCGAAUGCGCGCCGCCGCCUAAAGAAGGAGAACAAAAUGACUUGGGAGCCAAAGAACCGCACCGAGGACGAGGAUGAGGACGCGCUUGCGUCGGAUGACGAGAAGCAACGCCAUGUGGAGGAUGGCUGCGUGGAGCGAAGGCGGCAUAUCGGCGUGGAAUACGCAGGCGGCGCCAUAAGCGUUUCGAUCGGUAACAAUGUACCAGUGGCAACCAAUGCAACGGCAGUGGCGGCGGCGACGCCCAGAGCAGGUGUCGUGGAUAGUGGCGCGAGUAGUGUGGGCGCAACAAAUGCGGCUGCGGCGGCAACAGCGUCGGCGGCGGCGGCGAACCACCAUCCGCAUGUCGGCGUGGCAGUCACAGGCGCGAGUGUGGGCGCAGUCGGUGCAGUGCAGUCGGCGAAAGAUCUCUAUCAGCAUCCUCAACAGUAUUCACGGAAUCUCUUCUACACCAAUAGCGGUAGUGUUGGUAAUAGCAACCAUAACGGCAGCGGUAGCAGUAGCAGUUUGCACGCCCAUUUUCCACAUUUACAGCAGCAGCAGCAACAACAACAACUGCAUCAACAUUCGCAGCAACAUCUGCAGCAACAAUCAGCGCUAUCUGCGCUUUCGCAACAUGUUGCCGAAAGUGCGAUAUGGCAACAUCAACAUCAUCAACAUGCACGUCCAUCGCAUUUGCAGCAAUAAUAGGAAAUGUUGCUUGAUGUUGGAUGUUUGGAAGUGUGAAAAAGUUGCAGUGGGCAAAUGGGCGUAUGUGCAUAUGUGUAAACCAAAUACAAACAAUACAAACAUACAUAUGCACUUGUAAUUAACUGCAUAUAAGAAGCUUGAAUCCUCAUGAAUCGUUUAAAAAAAAUGGCUAAAGAAAGAAGAGCAAAUGUAUCCAAUUCAAGCGAAAAACUUAUUUCAUUCUGAGUAUUCCUAACAUAAUUAACAAAGUAAACAAUUCAAGUGCAGUAAUAGAAAUUUGUAAGAAAAUAAAUUUUAUAAAUAUUAAGUUUACCAUUUUUAAUAAAAUAUGCAUAGAAU